AAAAUCGCUGUCCUUCGCUUCAAGCUUGACGAGUUUCAUCAACAAUGUAACAAAUCGAUUUUGUCUGAUUUACAUCUUUUUUUUGGGAGUUGGAAGACUUCUUAAUAUAUAAGAGACAAUAAUAUAAAAAGACUCUAGUCAUCAGUCAUGCAUUGUCACAAAAAUUGACGUUGUGUAAAAUGAAAGGAGAUAAAGCAAACCAAUUCUCUAGAUGGAAAAAAUAUUAGUAAAUAUAAAAUUUAACUCGUCGUCAUCGUGUCCAUUAGAAGUAAGCAGAGAGUCGUCAGUCAGAGAAAUAAAAAGUUGUAUAAGUAACAAGACAGGGAUUCCUAAAGCUGACCUUCGCCUGAUUUUGGCAGGAAAACUACUGCAGGAUGGUCAAUCUGUUAGUGAGCUAGGUCUUGGAAACCACACAACAUUACAUGCUUUUCAACAAAAACGGGCACCACUGCUAGAAGUUAGUACUGGCAUUGGCCUGAACCAGCUCAAUUCUCAGACUGCAGCUGUUUUGGCACACCCAUACCAGUUUUAUGUAUACUGUAAAAAAUGUAAUGCCCUUCAACCAGGAAAGUUAAGAGUAGUGUGUGGAAAAUGUCUCCAAGGCAAUAUUAUUCUCCAUCAGGAACCUGGUAGUUUUAAUGAUGUUCUUCAUCCAGGCCGAAUCCAGGGAGACUGUCAAAAUUGUGGAUCUCAACAGGAAGCAAAAUUUUACUUUAAAUGUACCAUAGAUCAUGGUGACCUUGAUGAACUACAAGGUCAGUGUGCCGUGCUGAGACACUUUAAACCCAACAGGCACCUCACAGAAUGCAUUACCUGCACUGAUGUCAGUCAUCCAGUUCUGGUUUUCCCAUGUGCUAAGAAACAUGUGAUGUGUCUAGACUGCUUUAUAUCAUACUGUGUCAUACAGCUGAAUGAGAGGAGAUUUGUAGAGGAUCCAGAUGCUGGAUACAGUAUUCCUUGUCCAGCUGGAUGUCCCAGCUCUUUGAUAAAAGAUGCUCAUCACUUUUGUGUACUUGGAUCUGAGCAGUAUGAGAGAUACAAAAACUUUGGAGCUGAGGAGUACCUCCUGCAAAGUGGGGGACUAAUGUGCCCUGCCCCUGGAUGUGGGGCAGGGUUUCUAAUUGAAGACUUGCACCACAAAGUCAUAUGUCCCACUUGUAAUUAUGAAUUCUGCAGGGAAUGUCGAGGUGCUUACCAUUCGGGGGAAGAGUGUAAUACACAACUCACUGAGGCAUCAGCAAACCUGGAGAUUGACGUAAACUUUGAGCAAGCUCUUAGAGCUCAAUAUGAGCUGGAAUCUAUGGAAACCAUUGAGAAAAUCUCCAAACCCUGUCCUCAGUGUAAAGCAAAGACAGAGAGAUCAGGGGGUUGUAUGCACAUGACGUGUACUGUGUGCAAGACUGAUUGGUGCUGGAUGUGUGAAAAAGAAUGGAACAGAGAUUGCCAAGGCAACCAUUGGUUUGGAUAAGUGUACAGAAAUAUAAGAAUAUAAGCCUAUAUGAUUUCCAGCUAGUCAGGGAAAAAAAAGAAUUAAUGACUGUAAUAACAGUUAAAGAAAUUUCAGAGAAUUUGUGAUUUAAUGUCCAGAUAAUGAAAAACAAAAUUAUAUACUUGAUGUGUGUGUGUGAUUUUGUACUGCUAAUCAAAUAUGAAUAUGUUAAAAUUGUGUGUUCUUAAAAGGUGGCAGGAACUUGUGUAUAUUUUUGAUUAAAGGCAUUUUGCAAAAUAUAA